AUGAUGUUGUUGAAGGGUGCCAUCUUUGGAGUGAUUACCAUCCUCAUGACAGCAGCUCGGUGUGAGAUAGCAGAGCUGCUUGUGGAAGUGGGCUCGACUGCUGUACUACCCUGUAUGUGCAGAGUGUCCCCCUGCCAUCCUGCUGCCAUCAUCUGGAGCAAAGACAGCAAAGGGACUGUUUGGAGAAAGGAAAGGAGUGGUUUGCAGUUUUGGGGUUCAAGGUGGUCUCAGAGGGGAAACCCACGCGUGCAAUGCCUUCACUCCCAGUUUGACAAAGGUGAUUACAGCCUGCAAAUCAGCAGCGUGACAGAGAAAGACGCAGGACUUUACACUUGUAGGAUGGAGCUUACAAAACCAGCUGCUGAAAUCCAGGUCAUGCUCAGAAUAAUUCAAGUGUAUGCCUCUCCACCAGUCCCUAUGUGGGGAGAGAAAGUUUCAGUCACUUGUCGUGUGACACCUUGGCCCAAGGACAGUUCAGUGAGGUGGAGGUUGAACAACUCUCCGUUUUGGCCUGAGGAGGAGUUCGUCAAUAAUGGGAUUGGAAGUACUAUAGAAGGCAAGGCAUCUGAACGACUGGCAGGAAACUUGACCUGUGUUGUGGGCCAUAACAAGAAAAUGCUCCAGGCCUCAAUCACGCUCUCCGUAAGAGGAAUCAUCCAACCACCCAAAGACAAUAAAGUGGUGUAUGCUGCAGUGGGGUCUCCGUUCCUUCUCCCCUGCGUGUUCUCGCCUGGUUUGAUUCCUACUUCAACAUCGUGGAAGAAAGCGGAGACUGGCGAUCUUCUUGCCUUUAAUGAUAGUCGUUCUUUCUCUGGCUGUGAUAAGUCUUUAGAGAUAAAAGAGGUCACUAUGGAGGAUCAGGGCAAAUACAAAUGCUCUGGGUCCAUAAAAGGACAGAGACUGACUCGCACAAUGCAGCUCGUCAUUGCCAAAAUUGUCCAGUCAAAGAAGAAAGGUUCUGUGAUGCUGACCUGCCAGCUGACUGACGCAAGUGAGGUCACCGAAUAUGAGUGGGUUCGCAUGACUUACGACGUAAAUGGCACCAAGUCGGCUGGGCCAGUCCUGAAGGGACAGACAGUUGUGUUAGAAGGGAACUGGCAGGAAUGGACAUGUUGUUUCCAUGGCAGAGAAGGACUUUUGGGGAAUGUCACAUACCAAGUUCAUCUGACGGGUGGUCUUAGUGGACAAAAGUCGUCUGCUUCAUCUCGCAACACUGGCACCGUGAUCGGACUCAGCGCCCUCCUCAUCGUUCUGCUGCUGGUCCUGGCUCAGAUGUACAAAAAUCACCAAAGGAAGAAAAGAAUCUUUCAGUACCCGGCGCUGGAAACAAUUGUUCAUACCAUCUCCAAUGAGCGGGAGGAGAGAGAAAGGAGCCGAGUGAAAAACUAAAGCCUCAUUAAAGCCAAGAAUUUCACAGCUAAUGAAAUCUCUUGCUGCCAGCAACAUGUUGGGAAGCUUUUAUUUGCACAGAUUUGUAAAUAAUUUCAGAGCAGACACUGUAGCUGUAACUGUUUUGAGAUAACUUAAAUGAAAUUAAUGAUAUUUUAACUGUUAUUGUAAAUAUUCUUAUUUUUUGCU